GUCUUUUAAACACACACACAUACGCACACAUAUCUACUUGACACAAUGGCCAUGCUUAUCCAACAGACUCGUUUGAUUCAAUCGCUUGUUGAGCAGCUUUGGAAUUCUAAACUACAUCCCGGUGCCAUUCCUAGCAGUAGUGGUAGUGGUGCUUCACUCUCAUCGUUACCCAUCGAGCUGAUCGAACUUGUCCUCGCCAACGUUGACACUGACACCCUCUUCAAAUUAUGUCGAGUCAAUCGAUUGUUGCGCGCCCUUGCUCAACCUCGUCUCAUUAGCCACGCACAACAAAUCACCAUGCGCUUGUGGAUCAACCAACCUCAUGUCGUUUCACACAAACCUAUCGAUUUCACCUGGUCCGCCUGCGACACCGACAAUAACCGCAUGGUGUUUGAGCCUCAAGACAACACCACAAUGACCUUGCAAACUGCUCUUCCACCACCGCAGAUUGACGGCUGCACAGUCUUGAUUAAGGUUCACAACACCCGUCGAAUCUACAGCAUUUCUUACAAGGAUCGCAUUGUCCCCGUACCGAUCCAACCGAGCCAACAGCACACCAUUAUCACGACUGACUACGAAAGUGCGACUGGCAAUAGUUCGAUGGAUGUCGAGGAUGCUUAUGCUUGCGGCUGGAGCCUUUCAUAUGACGUUCAUGACGAUAGCCGGAGUCCUGCUAUCAAGUAUCUGCAUGCACGGUCAUUUGCGUGCGACACAGAUUUGCUUGAUCCCCAGGUCUUGAUAGCGUCAUCGCGUGAGAAGGUGGUCGUGUCUUUGCCAGAGUCUACCACCACCAGCACCACUAGCACUACCAGUGAAGAUUCGCAUGACGAAAAGAAGAAAAUGAUGAUGCAGAACGGUAUUGCCCCAUCGCCUUCCUGGCUGUCCCGGAUAGUCAACGAUACCAUGGUUUCCUUUUACCAGUGGGUUGCCGCAUAAUUUACCUUUUGCAUAUUUCCCUUCUCUUUCUCAAUAACCCAAAUCACAUACUUCAUUUCUUUGCACUAUUCAUUUAUUACCAUUGCAUAUUUCCUUUGACACGAGCAUCUUUUCAGCACAUCAUCACAUAUCCUCCCGCCAGCGUUGCAAUCAAAAAGCGCACUUGUACAUAUAUAAAAUUUGUAACUUUAAUCUUUUAUCAAAAAAUAAACAAAAGCA